ACAAUGUCUCUGUCAAGUCGACAGACAGCCAUUGUUAACCCUCCACCACCAGAAUAUCUAAAUACAAAGAAAAAUGGGCGAUUAACAAAUCAACUGCAGUAUCUACAAAAAGUUGUCCUGAAGGCUUUAUGGAAGCAUAGCUUUUCCUGGCCUUUUCAGCAGCCUGUGGAUGCUGUGAAACUAAAGUUGCCGGAUUAUUACACCAUUAUAAAGACCCCAAUGGAUUUAAAUACAAUUAAGAAGCGCUUAGAACAUAAAUAUUAUGUGAGAGCCUCAGAAUGUAUAGAAGACUUCAAUGUAAUGUUCUCAAAUUGUUAUUUAUACAACAAGCCUGGAGAUGACAUUGUUCUUAUGGCACAAGCUCUAGAGAAGUUGUUUAGGCAGAAAUUAUCUCAGAUGCCACAAGAAGAACAAAUUGUGGGUGGUAAGGAAAGAGUAAAGAAAGGCAUUCAACAUAAUGUAACGGUUCCUUCUGUUAAAGAAAAACAAUUCCCCAAAGCACUGGAAAAAGUAUUUAAGCAGCAAGUGAUUCCCUCUGUAUUUCCUGAGACAUCUAUGUCUCCUUCAAACAUGGCACAAGGUACUCCACUCAACUCUACCUCACAAACAGUGGCUCAAGUUACAAGGGGUGUGAAGAGGAAAGCAGAUACCACAACUCCUACAGCUGCAGUAGUUAAAGCAAGUGGCGAAUCUUCCCCAACACUUACAGAACAAAAAUCAGUGAAAACACCACCUCUAAAAGAAAAUGUGCUGAAGACUGUUUUUCCAGAUUCUCAGCAACAAUGUAAAGUUGUAAAGAAUGUUAAAGUGACCGAACAGUUAAGGCAUUGUAGUGAGAUUCUUAAAGAAAUGCUUGCAAAGAAACACUUGUCCUAUGCAUGGCCCUUUUAUAAUCCUGUUGAUGUUAAUGCUUUGGGGCUCCAUAAUUACUAUGACAUUGUGAAAAAUCCAAUGGAUCUUGGAACUAUUAAGGGAAAAAUGGACAACCAAGAAUACAAAGAUGCAUAUGAAUUCGCUGCAGAUGUUAGGUUAAUGUUCAUGAAUUGUUACAAAUACAAUCCUCCAGAUCAUGAAGUAGUGACAAUGGCAAGAAUGCUCCAGGAUGUUUUUGAAAUGCAUUUUGCAAAGAUCCCAGAUGAACCUCUCGAGGGUAUGCCCGUCUGCUACAUCAAAACAGAUAACACAAAAAUCCCUGGUAGAGAAAGCAGUAGUGAAGCUUCCUCUGAAGAUAACUCUUCUGGUGAUUCUGAAGAUGAACGAGUUCAACGUCUUACAAAGCUUCAGGAGCAGCUGAAAGCUGUUCAUCAACAGCUACAGGUUCUCUCUCAAGUACCUUUCCAUAAGCUAAAGAAAAAGAGUAAGUCUAAAAGGGAAAAGAAGAAAGAAAAGAUUAAUAACAGAGGUGAAAAUCCAAGAAAAAAGUUUAAGCAAAUGAAAUUAAAGGAAAAGUCCAAAAACAAUCAGCCAAAGAAGAGGAAACAACAGGUGUUUACUUCGAAACCUGAAGAUGAGGAUAAUGCUAAGCCUAUGAACUAUGAUGAGAAAAGGCAGUUGAGCUUGGAUAUAAACAAACUUCCUGGAGAUAAACUUGGGCGAGUUGUUCAUAUAAUACAAUCAAGAGAGCCUUCACUGAGAAAUUCCAACCCUGAUGAGAUAGAGAUAGACUUUGAAACACUGAAAGCAUCAACACUGAGAGAACUGGAAAAGUACGUUGCUGCAUGUCUAAGAAAAAGACCCCUAAAGCCUCAUGGUAAGAAAAUAACAAAGUCCAAGGAGGAAUUUCAUUCACAGAAAAAACAGGAGUUGGAAAAGCGGUUACUGGAUGUCAAUAAUCAGUUGAAUUCUAGAAAAUGUCAAACAAAAUUGGAGGAAACUCAGUCAUCCAAGGCUGUUGGAAGUGGUUCUCGACUCAGUGAAAGCAGCAGCAGCAGCAGCACAAACAGCUCAUUGGAGACCGAGGGUAGUAGCAGUGACUCGAGCUCCUCAGACAGCAGUGAUUCCGAAUCAGAAAUGUUUCCUAAAUUUACUGGAGUAAAACAGAAUGAUUCUCCUAAAGAACAAGUAAAGAUACAGCAUUCUGUGCAAGAUAAAACCUCUGCAAAAACUACCCUUGUUUGUCAGACUUCAUAUUCGUGUGAAACACCACCAAAUUACCAUCAGUCAGCAUUGAAUCAUCAAGAAUUAGAACAUUUACAGGGUGUAAAAAACAUUUCACCUUUACAAAUUCCACCUCCCUCAGGUGAUACUGAACAGCAUUUGAAUGGCCUAACUGUGAUGCAUCAGUCUGAUGAUAAUGACACAAGAGUGUUAGAAUCUGAAUGUCAAGUACCUGUGCAGAAGGAUAUAAAGAUAAAGAAUGUAGACUCUUGGAAAAGUUUAGGCAAACCAGUCAAAACAUCAGGUGUACUGAAAUCCUCAGAUGAGCUCUUCAACCAAUUUAGAAAAGCAGCAAUAGAAAAAGAAGUAAAAGCUCGAACACAGGAACUAAUACGGAAACAUAUGGAACAGAAUACAAAGGAACCAAAAAGAGUUCAAGAAAAUCAGAGGGACCUUGGCUUCACUCAAGAAUCUUUUUCAAACAAAAUGCAAAAUCAGUACCUUGGAGAACAGAAAGACCAUCAGCAGUCUUCAGAAGCUCAAGAUAAAUACAAACUCUGGCUUCUCAAAGACCGUAAUUUAGCAAGGGAGAAAGAGCAAGAGCGGAGGAGGAGAGAAGCAAUGGCUGGUACCAUUGAUAUGACUCUUCAAAGUGACAUUAUGACAAUGUUUGAAAACAACUUUGAUUAA